CAAGAAAAAAAACAUAUAUCGUCCAAAAUAGAACAGGUUCAUGCCGGUUACAUACUGAAUUCCCCUAGAUAAAUUGUCCUAAUAAUCUCGUUUUAACACCUUACUAAUCUAGAAAGUGCGCAAGUCAAAAAAAUUAUAAGCUUGAUAGGGAAAGUCGAUUCAUCAACAAAGGAUAUAUUUGCGCUAAAUAUAGAAUUGUUACGUUUACAUAACGUUGAAGACAAAGAACUCUAUAUAAUAACCGUAUCGAGAGUGUGAUAUUUCGCAUCACAAGGGUACGAACUUCCAUCAGUGAUGUAAAAAAAAUCCACAUUAAUGAUGUAUAUUGUAUCUUUCAAAAACAAAGGAAAAUGAAAUAAGGCGAAUGUUUUUCGUUCGUAAAUCGUUAAGCGAAUGUGACUAAAAAUAUCGGAAGGAUUGGAAGGACUGCAUGUAGUUUUCUAUUUUCAUUUCUGUUUUCUUUAUUUGAUACAGGUUUGUUUUAAUGCAUAUCUUUUUUUAAUCAAACAACUUUGUUUUUUCUUGUUAUUGUUUUAUUUGUUUAUAUAUCCACUAACGAAUCAUUUGGAAUUAUAUAAAUAGGUCUGCUAUACGUUUUACCCGAAAACUUUCUCUCCUUGAAGUUUCAGCCUAAGAAACAUUCACCUUCUAACGUAAAAAUACAUUUUCGUCCGUGUAGUAAUUGCCGUAAGUGAGAUUGUAUAGAACGGGGUAUGGAAACUUUCUCUGAUUUGUUAAAUACGCCCGAUUCCAAUUCGAAUGAAAUGGCGAAACAUCGGAGAAAGUUUACAGGUGAACGGAAACCUACUGACACACAUGUAUCGGUGUAGUGAUAGUUCCCUGUUCUUUUACAUGUUUGAUGUUAUCUUCCCAGAAUAAUCAUCAUGCUUUUGUCGACAUAUAAUAGGUAUAAAGAUAUGUCAAAUCAAUUGAUAUUUGUCAUUAGUGCCUAAUUAACAAUAGAACGAUGUUAUUCAAAUGGUGUUCAUAUGUUGUAUAUAAAUCAAAAAUGCGAUAUAUUCAUGUAUAUAUUAUGAAUGUGAUGAGUCCCAUUUCGAAAUCAGUUAAGGUAAAAAGUUAAUAUUCCAUUCGAAAAGAGGGGAAUGAGACUUAGUAAGCAUUUCAUCAGAAUAAAGAACUGGGAAAAUAAAUGAUAUAAAUAAUAUUUCAUUUUUACAUUAACCUUUCCCAACGAAUCUAAGAAUUAACGAGGAGACAAACCAGGUUAAAACGUGGUACUUAUGUGAUAACAUAUCGCAUGUGAUAGACACUGCUGAUGCAUUUAGGCUCUCAACGUUUGCGUAACUUGUAUGUCACAUUGUGUUUGAUUCACAUGUAAUAGUAACACGGUUCUAAAUAUACACAUGUGCUGACGUUCUUGUGAAAUACAAUAUUGAAAAUUAUUAUGAAAUGUAUUGAUAACUAGUGCUAUUGUACCUCCUCGUCUAGAUUUUGACAUUUCUGUCAGCAUAUUCUUAUUUCACCUAUCAACACUUUGGGACCAUGCCAUCACUGACGAAUAAGUCUUUUUCUCAAUUUAUAUUAAUCAAUAUAUUUAAUUAAUGUUAUUCAUUUGUAUAUAUUAUCUACUGAUAAUUCAUGUUUUUGCACUCGUUUGAAAAGGUAUAUGUAUAUUUGUUAUACCUAUAGUUUAUUGUGUCCUUGACAAAUUAGAAGGAUCAAUAAGCACACACAGAGGUCACAUGACCUCAAUGCAUAUCGACAACAAAUUUAUUUUCCAACAAUCGCCCUCUAUGUAUUUUGUAUGACGGAUUUUGAAAUAGCAAUGGGUGACAAGACAGAAAUGCAUUAGCAAUUUGUGUUUUUUCAAGACCGAUUGUUCAAUAGCAAGAUCAAACUUAUAAACAGAACAAUGCUGCCUCUGUACAACAUCAUAUCUAAGCAUGUUUAAUUGAAGUUUUGAUGUCUCACAGAAAUUAGUUACAUGUCUACAACCAUCUGAAACUAAAGUAGAUGAUAGCAGUCACUGUAAUAUACCGACAGCAGAACAAAACCACAAAGCUACCCAUCAGACACCAAAAGCAGAACCAAGUCAAGGACAAGGAGUAUCUCGGUCGUCUUCGUCCUCCGUUGUCGAUGGCAACGGUGACCAUGACAACUCGCUUUCAGACGUUAUGUCGCUUGUUGACUAUGAACACAGCAUUGAGGAACCUGAAGAUAUCGAGAGUGCCACCUUUGAACAGUUUAUGGACGAAAAUGGUAUUUUAUGGGAGUUGUCGGAUACGUUGAAGGAUCGGUCAGUUCCUAAUUCUCUGAGACAACAAGACCCGGAAUAUACCAUAGAAAUUAAGCCAUCAAAUCAGAUGGGAAGUAAUCACUUCACGCAACAGGCGGAUUAUGACUUCCAGAGACGCGGACAGUCAGAACUUUCAGGAGUGGCAGGAAAGCCGGAGUCAAGACAAAGAGUCCAGGAUAGGUCAAAGAGUGCUGAAAGUAUUCAACAUGAUAGAUUAUCACUUGGUGUUCGCAAUAGAUCAAUGUCGCCACGGGUCAGGUUUAGUGAUCAAAAACAAUACUGGCCUUGUUCAGAAGAUGCUAAUAAGUCAUCCAGUCUAAGGUCACAAGAUCCGCAGUAUGAUAAAAAUAGCACUCCAAAGUCAUCGGGUUCACAAUCCGAGAAAGGAAUACCCGAAAACUCAUCUAAUUCAGUAACAGACAUUAAACCAGAUUUUGAAAAACUUUGGUUAAGGGAUGUGUCUAUAGGUACGACGACUCCAAGUGUAGAAAGUUUUGUUCCCUUCCAGACGCGAUCAUCUAGGCCAGUAAUGAAACAGAAAAAUUUAAUAAAAGCAUCAGGGCAAACGAAGGACCAAGGAUGUCAGCCUUUUAAGGAUUCUUCAACACAGACGUGGCUGUUGGAUUUUCCGCUAAGCUUAGAUGACCUCGGAUCAGUCAGUCAAAGGUCAAGUUUUGUCAGAUCACGAAGACCUGAAUAUCCCAUCAACCCUUUGCCAGUGUCCCGCAAUGAGGUGAAAGGCGUGAAUACAGAUGUACCUGUAGGAAAGUCAACGACUUCCGAAAACCCUCUCACACAAAGACCACCAUAUAACAGUAAUGAACAGAGAUAUGACAUUCGAAGCUCUUUCUUAGAUCCAACAUCUGUCAUUUGUGGUUCUCCGAGUUCAAUAUCAGAAGUUCAAAAUCAUUUUUUGAGUCAAAAUCCGCAAGUUCAAAGUCAAUGUAUAAGCAGUGCACAAAAAUCAGAACAGAAAGAAAUUUCAACCGAGGUCUACAAACCAUCGCAUUUAUCCGUUAACACAAAAGGCCGGUUGUGUGAUGGGAUAGGAGGUCACAGUUCCAUUUCAGAUUCUAAUGAACAAUCUAGAGAUUCGGAGUCUUCAGAGAAAAUUUGGGAAGAAUCGAACAGACGUAAUCAGUCAUCUGGCUCGAAAAAUGGAAAGGAAUACACCGAUUAUCGCUCCUCAAAAUUAAAAAACAUAAAAUACCGAAGGAACGGCCAGUUUCCAGAUUCAAGAUAUUCAAGAGAUGAGAGAUUCGACCAGUCUCAAGCCUCGAAGUUUAAAAAAGAAAGAAGAAACAAGUAUUCCCCCGAUUCAACAGACUCUGAGUAUGCAAAUGAUCAUCACGCACACAACGCCUAUCUAUAUAGAAGAGGGAGGGAAAGUGGACGGUCAAAAAAUUCCAGAGAGAGCAUGUCUUCGAGCUCGAAAUAUAGGAAUGGUCGGGACGCAAAUUCAAGCAAUAGAAAUGACCAGUCCGUGGACAGAGACUAUAGGAAAAAGAGACAAGGCAGGAAAAAUGACUAUUCUCCAAAAGCGAGAUUCAGGAAUAUUGACAGAGAUGACUGUUCUGAUGAAUACGAAGAUUCACAGGGGAAAGAUGAUAACAAAUAUAAGAGUAGGCGAAAACAUUUUCACAAAAGGAAAAAAAGAAUAUCAAAUUCUUCUGAUGACUUAGACAGAGACAGGAAAACGGACAGAUUAAAUUUUAGAUCCUCUUCUAGAAGUGACAUAUCUUCGAAUUCAGUAUAUGACAGUCAGGAUAGUGUACAUAGCAGGACAUCGGUGAGAAAUCCGUAUUCAGAGACACGCUCCUCCGUUACAUUAGCAUCCAAAAGUCCAAUGCAAGGGGAUCCCUCUAUGACAUCAGGGAAUACACAUUCAGAGAGUUUAAACAUGCAGUUAACGUUGACGAGUCAUGAUAAGCAGGAUGUAUCCGACUUAUCCGCUAUUUCUAUUCCCAAUCACGAAGCGAAUAUACACUCUGAUAAUUCGAGAACUUUCAGUGAAUCUCAUAUUUCAGACCAAAGAAAACCUGAUAUCGAUACGGAAAUGAUUGAACCUGGUAUCAAAGACAGCUUCGAGAGGAAUGGUGACUAUCUUCUGUCUUCUGUCAAAGACCAGAUUUCAGACGAAAUCGUCCCUGUCAAUGUGCAAUAUGAUUCGGAUUAUGAAAAGACUGACAUUAUAUCGGCAGAGAUAUGUGAAGAUCAAAAGCACCGACACGCGGAGGAUGCGGGGGCAGAACAAAUCGUUGCGGGAAAUCACGUUCAUGUUGUCAUGGAUACUGACGACCAGUACUCUUUGUACAGCAUAGGUAGCUCAUCGCUCUCUAGGACUUCAUCGCAAGAAUCCCUUUUAGACAAUAUUCCGAAAUCCCGGCGGGAGGCAGUCCGCCAACGCAGGCUGGCCCUGUAUCUGGUAUUCCGUUACCUCGACACCAAAACUCUGGGACGUGUUGCUGGCGUGAGUCGCGAGUGGAAGAAGGUCAGUCGGCAAUCAUCUCUGUGGAAACAGGUUCAUCUCUCUCACACACGAUGUACCUCCAAAACUCUAGAAACCUUGGCCCGUUGGUGUACACAGCUAGAGAGUCUACACCUGGAAGAUGUGUAUACAAGGAAACAGCUGGAACUUGAGAGCGAUGAAGACUAUGCCCAAGCUGUCAGAGCAUCACUAGAAGCAGGAGUAGAAUGUCUACUACAGGUGUCGGAGUCCACUCUCAAAUCAAUUACCAUCAUCAACUGCCCGCACGUUCUUACAGACAAAUGUAUGUGGUUAGCAAGUUGCUACAGCAGAAUGCUACAAGAUGUGUGUUACCAUAGUAACACAUACAUUUUGGGUGCUGACGUAUUGUGGGCGUUAGGAGCCGGAUGUGGACUCAUUCAAUCGCUAGAUAUUGCUCCUUUAUAUCCGUGUGCAAACACAGAGAAGUUUACCAAUAAAUGCCUACAGAUUAUCGCGCAGUCUUUACCGGGUUUGGACCGCUUGUGUAUAGGCGGACAGCAAGUGGAUAUCAACGGAUUCGUACUGAUAGCGAAAUCUUGUCAGCGCCUGUACAGCCUAUCCCUACAUGGUUGUGUAGAUGUUGUGGAGGACGUUGCCGUAGCGAUGUGUCGGAAAGGACUGAAGAACCUGCGCUCAUUGGACUUCAGUCACACCCCAGUUACUGACAAGGCUUUGCUUCACUUUUACAGUUGCUGUAAACACUUGAAAUCAAUUCACGUCUCCUUCUGUCUGGAAGAUGUUACUACAGACCCAGAGUUGAAAGAAAACGCGGAAAACUUCAACAAGCGCAUAAAGGCCUUGGAGAAAUUGAAGAAGAAGGGAGGUCUGUGGAAUAUUCUUAAGCUUGACGUUCAAAAAGUUCAAGAUUGAAGACUAUUAACUUGUGCCUAAAUUAAUUAGAUUGUGAUAAAAUCUUGCCAAUGUUAAUUGUGUUACAAAGGUGUUUUAUAUCAAAAUUAGUUUUUUUAUUUUUAGAAUCAUAUAGAAUUAAGACAAUGAAAGGUGCUUUUUCAACUCAGAAUUACUCCUCUGGUAAGACGUUAUGCAAAACAGCUAGUACUGUGCAUUAUAUGAUAUAAUUUAUGGAUGUAAAAUGUGAAAUCUUUUCAGUCCGUUUAUGUAGAAAACCACACUUAUUCCUAAUCUUUCUGGGCAGCUUUCGUUCGGUUCAGCAAACUGUUGUAACACCUUGUUUAAUCUGUAAAUUCCUGACAAAUGUUUGACAUUGACAUUAUGCCACGGACUUGACUUAGAUGUUUAUCUAAAUCAGUGAUUAUAUUCACACAGCAUGACAGAAAGAUGUGCAAAUUUCUAUUGAAAAAUUCUUAAUUAAAUUUCCUAUUAAUAUUGUGUAUGAUUUAUGUAAAUUAGGUAUGUUUUAUGUACGAUAUAGGUAUGAUUUAUAUGAUAUACAUUGUACAUAUGAUUUAUGUAUAUGUAUAUUUAUGAUUUAUGUAAGAUAUAUACAACUGUA